AUGGCUUCAAACACCGAAAGAAUUCUUCUCGCCGAUUAUCCAAAAUUGCCGCUAGAAGAUUCUCGGGUUGCUGAAAUGGUGGCUGAUGCUCAUGACUACGCCCAUGCACAUGGGCUUGUAAUGCGCACCAGCGAGCAGAAGGACCGCAGCGACGUGUGCCAAUCGGCGCCAUUCGCACUCCUACCAUCGCCAUUCCCAAAAUCGAUUUUCGAGAAAGCCGUAAACGUUCAAAAUCUUAUCGCCGGCCUCUACCACGAUAUCGCCUACGAUUACGAGUUUUUGCGGAAAAUCCAUGAAAAUGUUGUGAAAACCGACGAGUUCACCAGGAAUAUGCUCGACGUGUACACGAAAGUGCAAGAGCAAGGCCUCGCUCAACCGGUGACAUUGGCGAUUCAGCGUUCGGAUUACAUGUGCCACAAGGACCCAUUCUCAUCGGAAUAUUGCCUAAAACAAAUUGAAGUCAAUAAUAUUGCUUCGAGCAUGGGCGCUCAUGCAGAAAGGCUUACUAACAUGCACCGGCGGACCAUGUUAAACCUUGGAUAUGAUAAAGAAUUCCUUGCGAGGUGUCUUCCGGAAAAUAAGCCGAUUGCGCUCAUCGCAGAAGCCAUUUUCAAAGCCUGGGAUUAUUUCAACGAUCCGAACGCAAUCGUUCUAGUUGUGAUUGAAAACGUCAACCAGAAUCAAAUCGAUCAGCGUCACGUGGAAUAUGAGCUCGAGAAGCUCGGAAUUCCCAGCGAUCAAAUUGUUCGCAAAAAUUUGACGGAAUGCCAUGAAAAAUGCACACUCGCCGAGAACAAGGAUCUCCAUUAUUUGGGCAGUCGUGUGGCGGUCGUCUACUUCCGCGCCGGCUAUUCGCCGGACCAUUAUCCGACGCGACGCGAAUGGGACGCGCGCACCAUCAUCGAACUCUCGACGGCGAUCAAAUCGCCGUGGAUCGGCCUCCAAUUGGUGAACACGAAAAAAACGCAACAGGUGCUCGCCGACGACGGCGUCGUCGAGCGUUUCGUCGGCGCGCCGCGCGACGCCAACGCGAUUCGCUCGACGUUCGCCGGCUUGUGGCCGAUCGAUCGCGACGACGCGCUAACGCAAAAGAUUGUGAGCGGCGCGAUCGCGCAUCCCGACAAUUUUGUGCUCAAACCGCAAUUGGAGGGCGGCGCCGGCAAUUUCUACGCGCGCACGAUGGUCGAAAUGCUCAAGACGCUCAAAGGCGACGAACGCGGCGCGUUCAUUCUAAUGGAGAAGUUGAAGCCGAUUGUUGUCGAGAACUAUCUCAUCCGCGCCAAUCAGCCGUACGCGUUGUCGAAGGCGGUCAGCGAGCUCGGCGUCUACGGCUACGCGUUCGGACGACGCGACGAAUGUGUGACGAAAACCGGCGGACACCUUUUGCGAACCAAAGGCGAAACCGUUGACGAGGGCGGCGUCGCUGUCGGUCACGCCGUCAUCGACACUCCAUUCCUCUACGAAUUCAUCUAG